CUUGUGCGCGUAGUGGAGAGAGCGUCGGAGCUCGUGAAAGAAGGGAGGAAAGAAAAAGGGAGGAGGAGGAGGAGGUGGGGAACAGAGAGAGAAAGAGAACAGGAGCUUGAGAAGAGAAGGAGGGAGGGAGCUUCAGGCAGCGAGGCUGGACUACCGCUCAAACACUGCAGUCUUUCUUUCUGCUUCUCUGAGGAAGCUGUCUUUCUUUUCUCCCUGCCCGUCUCUCCUUCCUGCUCCUUCCUCUCCUGCUGCUCGGCCAUGACCCCGAUGGACACCUUCAUCUCCCUGCCCACCUAGAGAAGAGGAGAGAGGCGCUGUAGCGGAGGAGGGAGAGAGAGAGAGACAAGAAGAGGGGACACCGCACACUUUGCCUCACUGAUGAGACUCUGGAAAUUAAUUAAACGCCGUCAGCACAGAGGAGGCAGAGCAGAGAGGGGCUCAGAGUGAGGUGCAGGAGGAGGAUAAGAGAAGAGUUGAAGAGGGUGAAUUGGUAGAUGUGUGAAGAACAGGCUGGUGAGGGAGGUGGAGCAGCCCCCAGACACUUUUCAGAGACAAAUCGGACAAGUUAGGGCAGAGGUAAAAUAAGCAAGGAGGAAAUUGUGCAAGGCAGGAAUUCAACAGGGACACUGAUUCAAGAAGCGCACAAGCUAUCCAUCCUCUCAUGCUUCUUUUCAAUCCUCCUCUCACGCUCAGAACGCCGUCCUUCCCUCCUUCCCUCCCAUCUCCUCGUCUUCUUUCGCUCUUUUUCAUUUUAUUAUUUUUUUUUGCAUGUCAGCAAAAGUACAUCGGCUGCCACGACCACAUGCUGAACACUCAGACACGACUUGAGCAUAGCUUUUCAUCCUCAGCGGAUGUGUGAGCAUUUACCGAGUAGGAGGAGCUGAUUGGCCGAGGCAGGGGCGCUGUUACCUCCCGGCGGAGAGCACCUGCUCGGGAAUCUCUCAUGAGACCAGGUAGGACGUUUCUGGAUGGUUUUGCCGACGCGGAGCAGCUGGAGAGGUCGAGCUGAAGCCCUCCAGUCGUUUACCUGAUUGAACCGUUGCGAGAUGAAACUGCAAACCAUCUUAUCUCUAAAGAGCAUGACACCUGUGCCGGAGGGAUUACAGAGGGGGGAACAGGGUUGUGCAGAUGUGCGUGUGUGUGUUGGGAUUAUGUCCUAAAUACACAGAAUUACACAGGCGUUGCAGCAGGAUUAUGCAAACUCUCCUGCUGAAUAUUGUGGCACUAUAGGAUUAAACAGAGGGACAAGUCGAGUGAACGGCAGUACAUGAUCUCCCACAGAUUAACUCCGGUCACACUUGGUAAUAAUUAAAUCAGCAGUUCCAGGGUUCAGUUACUUUGAGCUAAAGUGCCGACAGGUAGAAUCACCUCUGAGUGGAAUAACUUCUGCCCCUCAGUCCGUUCAGACUCUUAAAGACUCAUCCAGCUUCCAUAAUGAGACGCUCCAGCACGGAUGAGACUCCGUACCGGCGCAGUCCAUCUUUGGACAGUAAGCCCGACACGCCGCCGUUCACUUCUGGCUUCCACCGCUUCAGUGGAGAGUUUGAGUAUAAACGGCCGCCGUUCGCGUUUGGCUUCCACACGACAAAGGGGCCGCAAACGUCCAAGGGGCGCUACGCCCAGGGGAAGAAGUAUGUGGUGUUUUACCUGGACCUCUCCUUCAUAUUCCUCCUAGAACUGCGGCGCUGCAGGAUGGCCGAGGGUUGCAUGAUGGCCCUGCGAUAUGGAAUGGUCUUCUUCAAUCUGCUCUUCUGGCUGGGAGGAUGCGGCAUACUGGGUGUGGGAGUCUGGCUCUCGGUGACCCAGGGAAACUUUGCCACCCUGUCAUCAUCCCUUCCCUCCCUGUCAGCGGCCAACCUGCUCAUCGCCGUGGGGACCAUCAUCAUGGUGAUUGGCUGUCUGGGCUGCGUGGGAGCUGUCAAGGAGAGCCGUCCUCUGCUGCUGACGUUCUUCAUCCUCCUCCUGCUCAUCUUCUUCCUGGAGAUUCUGUCCAUCAUGCUUUUCUUCAUCUACCAAGAUGAGAUUGAUCACUACGCCCAGAGGGAUCUGAAGAAGGGGCUCCAGCUCUUCGGCACAGAGGGCAACGUGGGUUUGACCAACGCCUGGAUGAUAGUACAAACUGAUUUUCGCUGCUGUGGAGUCACCAACCACACAGACUGGUUUGAGGUUUACAACACCACCCGUGUGCCAGACUCCUGCUGCCUGGAGUACAGCGACAACUGUGGCCUGGACAACCCAGGAACAUGGUGGACGGCGCCGUGCUACGAGCGGGUAAAGGACUGGCUUAAUGAGAACCUGGUGGCACUCUGGAUCUUUGCUCUAUGCACAGCACUUACUCAGAUCCUGGGCCUGGUCUUCUCCAUGACAAUGUUCUGUCAGGCAGUGAAAGUGGAAACCUUCUACGCCUAGCAGUUGACCUCUCUGCCAUUCAGCACUCUUGGAUUGUUUUACAUCAGAGAGGGAGAGAUAUAGACCCACCCUCGUCCUCUUCCUCCUCCUCUUCCUUCUCCUUCUCCUCCUCCCUGAACAGACUCUUUUCUCCAACGCUUGUCCUCUCUGUGACAUUCGCUCUCGGAUGUCACUGGUUCACAGUUUAUCCUCUAACUAUCAACAAGCACAGUGUCAGUGUAAUACCUGAGUUGGUUCCUAUGGUUUGCUCUGUGUCAAAAGCUAAUUUCUGUGAUACAUUUUAUGAAGCAGUAUUAUGAACAUGUAUAAAAAAAAAAAACAAAACAAGUGUAACCCUUUUUUAAUAUGUGUUUCGUUUUAAAUUAUUUCAUGGUUUGUAUGUGUUUUCAAAAUGAGAGCUACAGUUGGGAUAGUGCACUGUGAAGUGCUGCAAGUGCAUGUCUCCUGCGAUGGUGUGUAAUAAACGUUUUGGCUCGACUAAACAGCACACGUCAUCUUGUCUUGUCGCUGAAGGGGUUUGUGUGUAAUCCAGCUGCUGACACCCUG